CUGAUUGACUGGAGCUAAAUAAUAAAGUGUCAUCGAGAGAGAUAAUACAGUGUGCAAAUUGAGCUGUUUGCACAACUUAACUGCAGUUGAUAGACCCACAAUGAAUGUGAGACAUGACCAACGAAGCCCACUGGGAUAACUCAACCAGAAUGCACAGCAUGGAGCCAACAGACAGCUAUUCCCCCACAGUUCCAGAGCCAGAACUCUACCGCAGCAUCCAGGCUGUGCUGCCCAGGGAAACAGACAACCAGCAGCCGCCUGACUGUUUCAACAAAGGCAUGCUGAGAUGGACACUUCAUAAGAAGGUCCAAAACAAUCCUACCAACAGCUUAUCUCUGGUGUGGUUGCUGAUAAAAGAGCUGGAAAAGGCUGAGAGAUGGGACUCUCGCAAAUGCAUAAUACCUCUGCUCCACACACUAAUGUAUGCCAUUAUUCAGUCGGCCCACAUUCCAGAUGAGCUUUACAAGCGUGUCUAUGACUUUUGUAAGAGACUCCUGACCUUCCCUCAUCCCUACUGCACUGUAGGCCUCAGCUACACAAGACAGAUAAAAACUGAACGCUCCAUUCCAGGUCUGAUGUACCAGAGGAUGGUCACGGCAGAGCAGAGACUAAAAAAUGAGCACUAUCCCUUUCAAGAGAGGGUCUUUGUUCUGGCUGACCCAGAAGUCUUCUCCGGCUCUUUGGGACAAGUCCUGUUGGGUGAUAUUGAGACGUCCGCUUCCGUUUCAGAUGGAUCUCUGAGUCCUCUAGAUUACAUGUGCAGGGUGGUCCAACACUCCAUACAGGCUGCUUUAGGAGCAGAGCAGUGCCACGGGCCAAAACUGGCUCAAGCUCUAAAGGACAUGGGUCAAGACGUUGAGUCGCACUUUCAGGAAGUGUUGGCGGCUCUUGAGCAGAGUGCGGAAGAGGGCGGCACAGGGGAGGGGGGAGCGCUGAGGAGCCGUCUUCAGCAGCUGUACAGCAAUAUCGUCAAGGAUACAAACUCAGAGCUAUUGUCCAGGGGAGGACUGUGUGAUUGCCCUCUUCCUAACCCAGAGAUGAGCUUCUACCUGUGGACGGAGGAUCUGGAUAUCUGGCGAGAGCUGGCCAAGUGGGUUCGAUCCAGCUCCAUGUCGGAGCAGUUUUCCCUCAGCCAGGAGCAGGAAGACUUUGAGCUUGGUGAGUCGCCCAGCGACCUGAUGCCAUCUGACAUGACGCGCUUCUCUGUCAUGUCCAACGACAGCGGCAUCGAAAGAGACCUGCCCCCUGGCGUUGAUCCCUCUCCAUCGUCAUCUUUGGACACUGGCAGCAUUUGUGCAUCAUGGGAACAAUGCAAAACUAAGCAAGAGUCAAUGAGGCUGUCACGGCGUGGAGGCAUCAAGAUGAAACCAUCUGUGAAGGACAGUAUGGUGCUGAUGCAGGACACCCUGGAAGAUCAUGCAAGCCUUGGAGCUGGAGGAGGAGGAGGAGGAGGAGGAGGAGGAAGUGGAGGUAGGGUAGGAAGAAGAGGGGCGACUCUGCAAAGGCGGGCAGGAAGCAGCGCGAUGCAGAACCCCUUCCUCAAGCAGCAGAGACACUUUACUGCCAGGAUAGUCGCCAUGGGAGACGACAGGGUACUGGGCCGCCUGGCCAAAGCCUACUAUUUCUUCAGGAAAAGGGAAGCGCGGAGGCUUUUUCUUACAAUGAAAGUAAACCUCCAGUUUUACUACAUCCCUGUUUGCAGGGCCACAACUCCUAUCUCCUCUAUCAAAGAAAACCUCCAUCAGUCCAUGGGGAAUCCCUGCACUCUUGGUUCUUACUUGAGCAUGGUGGACCCAUGGUACAACUCUAACAUCAACAGUUUAGGAUGCAUGAUCCCCAAACUGGCUAAGAUGCACCAGACAAACCCAGGGAGGCCAAAAGAGCCUUUCGUGUCUGAUGUAAUUUCCUACUACGUUCGUACCGGCCAGCAGCCUGUCUACUUCACCAUAUACUUUGUUAAGAUCACAUUCACCAACAUGGCAAAGGAUCCUGUGGAAAAUGUGUUUCUUACUCAUCUAGAAAUGGAGUUUCCUGAGUUCCGACAGAUCUCAGCGUCAAUUAGAGAAAAGCAGAAAAAGAGCUCAGGGGAUCUAUGCGGGGCUGUAGUCUCGAUGAAUUACAGAAAGGUGACAUUAAGUGGCCGAGACAUUGACAAAGGAAUCUCAGUCAGGACAACCGGCGCUCAGAUCAAUGCUAUUCCUUCCAGUGAAGCAGAAGAUCUGAACUGUUUGACACUGACACUGAAUGAAUCUCCAACAAAAACUAAAAACAACAUUGUGUCUCAGGAGUCGAAGUUUCGGUGCAGCAACAUUAAGAUUCGCACUUUGGAGAGUCGAUCUUUCACUGUUACACUGGACAGAGAUUGCCGCAGGACCUACAGAGACGUGCAGAGCUUAGAGAUCUCCCCGUGUCUUGAUCCCGGAUACUGCGUCCAGAAAACCAUGCGGUCCAAAUACAAUUUGGGAGCGGACAAAGAUGCUGGACUGAGCAAAUACAUGAGCAAAAGACUUCUUCUACCAAUCAACACAUUUGCUGGCAUCAUCACCUGAUGUGGUGGACUAACCACAUAGAGAAACUUUGAGAAUUGAGACCAUCCACGCUAUGUUUUGAUGGUGGACAAAAGAAACACCUUUGAGCCACACUGAGCUGCUCCAAAACCAAUUUUUUUUUUUUAUUCAGUCAGUCUGAACUGACUGGCAUGUAUGGAAAAAGACUAUACUAUCAAAAGCAACACAUUCCAUAUUUGUCACACUGCAGCUAAAUAACAAGUUGGCUUCUUUUACAGUAAUAGGAACAAAAUGGUGUGUAAUACCAUUUUGUCUGCUGUGCAAGGUGUGACCAAACUCCUUACAGUGUUUCUGUACCACUGUAUAUAUAUUUAGAUGGUCAAUACAUGUAUGCAGAUUAGAUUGCCAAAGAACUGUACAGCCUUUGACACUAGAGAGACCAGCAGGGGAAAAUAAGUAAGCAAAGGUAUGUACCAGUAUUCAUUAAAGACUUCAGGGCUACUGAUAUUUAGAUCACUAAUAAUUUGACAUCUUAAAGAACUCCAAACUCUGAAAAUCUGUUUCUCCAAGUCACCACUUGGUGAUGUAAAUUUGAAGGGUUGACAGUUACUCUACUUCAUAGACACACUACUUUUUAUUACCUUCUUGUCGCACACACAUACAGUACACACAAAAGAAUACAGACUCGUCUGGCCUGUCAGCAACUACACCGUCCAGAUUGUUAAAAGACUGGAAUAAGGAAGGCUGCCGAUUACCUUACCUGUUACAUUUGGCUUAGCUGAAUCCUUAAAUAUGUUGGUAUUCUCGUACUUGUUACCUGUUAGGUGUAAUUUGUUUUGAAGGUGCAGGUGACUGACAUUGGCCUUGGGUUUAGGUUUUUGGAAAUGUUCUUGAAGGUUUUAAGAACUGCACACUUUGUUCAGUGCAGAAGCUAGAGCCACGUGUUAAGAACUACUACACAACAGAAGCAGCUUUUCUCUUUUACUGUCUUAGACAGACGAGGGACCUAUGUACACACUGAGUUACAUGAAGUAGCCUGACUUCAAGCCACUGUCUAUGACCAAGACAUGCACGAUUUUGGGUACACUCAAAUCUAAAACUUGCACACAUGCCAACAAAUGUUUUAAAUGUAUCAGCCACAAGUUGUGAAAAUCACCUUUGAUCCCCCCCAUCCACUCACUGUGGUGCAUUUGAUUAUGCAUAAACACGGUAAAUUGCAACUUUUUGCACUAAAACAGCAAGGCUUGUUUUAUUAUGUCCCUGUGGGAGUGGAGUAACAGUGUGUAAAUCAUGUAAUUAUUACUACAUGUGUUGUUAAGUUAUACUUUAAGACUUAACACAACUAUUGGCUCAAUUGUCAUUUAUUACUUUUUUUUUACCACAUAAUUAUUAGAUAACACAC